CGCCACGUUUAUAUUUCAAUAAAGUAAUUAUUUUUUAAGUUUGAUCUACAUUAUAGCUACGCCCAAUUCGAGUGAUAUUUCAGCUUUAGCAACAACGUGUGUAUUCAGCGGCAUGACUUUAUCUUUUUAGUAAGAUAUAGGGUAGUGGUUUUGUGUGACAGCGUGGGUACAGCUCAGUCCCCCAUCUCGGGGAAUUUUCCAAACCUUGGGAAAUCUUUGGGUUUUUGUGCCAAUUUUCUCUAAAAUAUAGAGAUUUGGAGAUGUGACUAGUCGUAAAUUUUUGGUUAGUUGGUCUUUUACCUUCCCAGGGUUUAACUCAGAAUGUAGUGUUGAACGAUCAUAAUCUGAAAUCUUGAUUCAGUGGCUGAGAUUAGAAACGAAGUGUUAUGUGUGUGUGAGGAAUUCAAAUUAUGAUUUACAGUUGGUGGUUAAUGUUAGGAAUUAGAUUUAGGGUUUUCACCACAAAUUCACAUAAGCUACAAUGCCAAGAGUCUAUUUGGCCAAAUGGUUGGGUGAAUUUCGCUCCGAAAUCCGAUACCUGUUACAUUAUACGUCUCGUGUUUGCCUGUUAUUUAAUGCAUAUGUAAUUGGUUUUAACCGACGCUUUAAGCAAUGUACGAAACUAGCUAGCGUUUCCAAUAAUUUAUGCCAAACUUAUGCCAUAAGAUACCGAAUAGUAUUGACGAAACUGUGUUGUAUUAAGUGACAGGGUAACGUUAGUUAACGUAAGCUUAAGAUCACAGAACCUACUGUAUAUCCUAGAUAUAGGUGUAUUUAUUUGUGAUGGCAAUCACUAUUUACCUUCAAAAACAUUGUAUAUUGACUUCCUCAAAAAUUAAUUCAGUUAUAUCAGACGCGCAACAGUUCUGUGAUCUUUUGAAAGCUUUAACAAUGGAAAUCAUAUUACUGCCGUUGUUGAUUGGUUAUCUAUUAGUCCAGCACAUGACAUUUAAUAUUUUCUGCAUAAAUCCCAAAUUUCGCAACCAGUGAGGUAUCUGAAUAAAUUACUACGUUGUCCUAAAGUCAUUUUCCUCUAACCAGGUUACUUAUUCACACCUGACAAAUUUUAAACUAUUAUUGGCUACUUCGUGUUUUCCCUGUUCAAAACCAUACUAACUAGUCCAUUCCUUUCAGCUUUAAUAUGUUGCCUCUAUGAUAACCCUUACUUUAAAUUUGCUCGAUACCAUAGGCAUUACGAAAAUGACAAGACAAUAGCGUCAUAUGUGCUGUUAAAAAUGAGUUGUAGCCAGUCAUAAUCAACUUAGAGAUAUAACCUAGAUAAAUCUGACAGUUUUGGAAAACAGUUAAUAUUAAAGUAUUUAAGCCAUUCAGUCAUUUAUAAGUAAAAUCAAAAUAUCCCGUGGACCUAAUGUUUGUAGAUAGUACAACUUUUUUCUCAUUGCAAAACAUGUACUAUUCAGAAUACAGAUAACCCAUUUUCUCAGUGUCGAUAGUGCUUUCAGUUUCUAAACUAUUACUGUUUUGUAAAUCUCUUUGUCAGUGCCGAUUUUACUUUGCGGGUGCUCAUCCAUUUAUUUUAUUGUUAGAACUAGGAUAAUUUUAUCUAUUUCAAACAACUGAAAGAUAUUUGUGGAAUGCCCGGUUGACUUCCUGAUUAUCCACCUGGUUGAUGGAAAGCCCAGUUCUGAACUUUAAAUUGACUUGGAAAGAUGCAUACCACAUAAGAUAAUUUUUUUCAUUUAGGGUAACACAUGAUAUUUUUGGUCCAUUGAACGUUUAUCAGCUGACUUGUUCUUAAUUAAUAUCUGAGUAGUUUACAUAGGUCAUAUAUGUUGCUAGGUUUUAGUGUUUAUUUUAUAUUUCUUUAUAUCCAUGUAUACGCUCGUUACUUUAUUCUCUUUCCUAUUAUUUUCAGUCCUUUUUUAUACGUUAUUCAUGCAUUUUUUAAAACUUAUUUUCUAAACACCUCUUCUCCAUACCCACAAAUUUCUAACAAACUGCUUGACCACCUGGGUAGAUUUCAUGCAAUUAUUUCACUCUUGUUCAUUUACGUUUAUUGUAAUCCUACCAACCGAAGCGGUCUUAUUGUUCAAAACAAACGGUUCUACUUGUAAAAUCUGAUGUGUAAUUACCCAGAAAUACGUAUAUGGGACAAUUUUUUGUUUUCGAAUUAUCAUGAUAGGAAUAUUCACAUUAAAAUUUUAAUGUUAUAUAACUAAAAAUGUUGACUUUAACCCUUCUGUGAUUUCCAAGUAUUCAUCAUAAAUAAUCUUUGUUUAUUUAGAAUAUAAAUCCAUGUAAGCUUAUUAUAUUUUCCAAAACACUGAUCAUAUAGGCGUCCUUUUAUGUUUGAAGACUUCUAUCAUUCAGUUGAUUUUUGAUGUAAAAAUUAAACUCCGGUUACUCUAUUUGUGUAUGAAACCUAAGGAAGCGCAACUUUACUGAAUUACUUGAUAUACGUUAUGAACACGGAAGUGGGUAGAUUAAAUGCGUACAAAGAAAAAACUAAAGUUGAUGGUGAAGAGCUAGUACUCAAUGUCUUUCCAAAACGUGUAUUUGAAAUGGAAGACAUAUUAGCGUCGGACAUGUUUUUUCUAGAGGGAAAGUAUGUCCAUUCUGAUGUGAAUAUACCUUAUCCUAUUAAUCCACAUAAUUCGUUGCCUCCUGGUGAUGAUAUGGAUUCUGGUUUAACCAAUGCUACAGAUAAACCGACCAAUGAUAAACAACAGUUUCCUAGUAAAGGUUCUUUUGUCUACGCCUUACCAAAUGGCUCUGUGUCAUAUAAUAAACAUAUCAAAGCUAUGAUAGAGAAAACCAAACCAUGUUUAACUCAACUUAUGAUUGAAGCUCAACUUGUUCGUUUAUGGGUCCAAUUUAAUAUACCACGAAUUGAAGAUGGAAAUAAUUUUGGUGUAGGAAUACAAGAAGAGAUUUUAGGUGAAGCAUCGGGUAUCGAGAGGGAUGCAUGUACUUUCUUGGAUCAAGUCACAAGAUAUUAUGCCUCAAGAGGGAAAUUAGUGGGUAAAGUAGCAAAAUAUCCUCAUAUUGAAGACUAUCGUGAAUGUAUCCGUGAUAUGGAUGAGAAACAAGCAAUAACAAUGCGAUAUAUUAUCAUGGAAAUUCGUAAUCACUAUGCCACCUUGCAUGAUAUAAUAAUAAAAAAUCUGGAUCGUAUAAAAAUGCCUCGUUCCAAUAAUGCGAUCAAUAUGUACUAAUUCACGAAACCCAGAUUUAGUUAUGUGUUUGCUCACAUUAUAAGAUUUUGAUUGUAUGUAAAUACAUACGUUUGAAACGUAUUUGAAAGCUUUUGUUUCUAUAUGCUGUUUCUGCUUGCGAUCUUUAUUUGUAACCUGAAACGAUGAUCCUACAUGCGUAUUUAUACAAUUUGUAAGACGAAGGCAGUUUCAGCAUUUAACAUUUCCGUUUGCAUAUCAAUUCUAACAAACCGUUUCAUUCUUUAAGUUUCGUAAAAUCGCUUUUCACUAAUAAAUAAUUCACUAACAAAGGCAAAACAUUUAUCUUAAUGUUAAGCAACCCAUCCUAAUUGCAGCUUAACUGUGGGUUCCAUAAAAGGCUGAACAUAGUGUGUUGUCAGAUUUGCUGUCUCUUUGUGGGAUACCGUUUAGCAUAUUUUCAAUUUAAAAUUAGGGGAUGCAAUGGUAACUAGCUAUAUGGUCUAUGCAUUUAACCCACUAUAAACUAACUUCACUAUUAUGAUUCCUGUGGUUAUAAAUAAUCCAGGUGCUCUUCGGAGCUCCAUAUUAGUGGCUUCGUAAUGAAAAGAAUUGCAGUCGUUUGAUACUGUAAGAUCCAUUUUGAAUGUUUUGUGUGUUGGUGAAAAUCCUUCCAUCUAUGUACUUGUACUUUGUUCCUAUUGAUCCCCUUAGUUGUACACUGUUGUCUUUUGGUUACAUUUGAAUUGUUAAUACUUGUAUUUUUUAUUAUAGUUUUUGUUUUUUUACGCACUCACUAAGUUUGUGUUUCUUCCUGAACUGCAUCUGUGUUGUUUUACUUGACACUUGUUCUUGGCGGUAGCCAUAUUGAUUUGCUCCUCCUUUUGUGUGCGUUCUAUCCAGUCAGGAUAGAAUAACGUUCAUCUGUUGUGACUGAUUCGAUUGAUUGAACAAUUAUUGGUUGAAUAGCCGGGUGGUAAUAUUUGUUUAGAACUGCAGAAUCCAAACUACGGUUUGGAUAGAAGAAUAGCCGACCGGGGACUUUAGACACGCGCUAUUU